AUGGCCACACGUUACUUUCUCCUCGGAUUCGUGGCAUUCAUCGCGGCACCUACUCCGGCGGCAGCUACAAAUACACGCUUUCACCACUUUUUCCCUAUUUAUAACGAUUAUUUUAUAAAUAUUCGAAAUGAUCAAUGCGCAACUUUGUAUGCUUCGCAACAAGCGGCAACUUCACUUUACAGUACGACUUGCAUAGACUUACUCAGCUGUAUAUUGGCAAAUACAAGCGAAGCUGUCAAAGGAAACAUGGCAAGCGCAUCAGUGGCACUAGGUCUUAUGCCAACAAUUCUCACCUUUCUGGGCUCCUCUACAGCUGAGGUAGCACUCCUCUCGAGACGGAGGCCGUUACUUGCUGUCAUGAUAGCUUUGGGGUCACCCGCUGUGAACCCUCUUCCGACAUUUGUCUAUCCGAAUCCAGUGGCAGACUUGAAGGAACGAGAGGGCCGUUUGCUUUUAAACCACCUUUCAGCCCUGUCCAACUUCCGAGCUGCGAUUCUCAUACUUACCGAGUACCUCAUCGUCAUUGCUGCCAUAGUGAAUGUGACUACUGCCAGCUAUUAUACAGGACUCUGGACAAUCACCAAUAUCAGCUGUAGCACAACAUGGUAUCCAAUUGUCUGGGUAUUUGUUACGAUAUGCCUCCAUCUUAUGGGCAUGCUUUCUCUUGCUCUACGAGCAGAAACAAUAAGAGGCGCGGGAACAACUCGAAGUAUCAAAGCCCGGGUCACUGAGUGGAUACAGCACGAGUUCAAACCAUGCAUCACGCACGAAAAACUUGCCUUAAACUGGAAACAGGAGAAUAUAGCCUUUAUUUUCGUCUCGUGGUUAACCUCGAUCGCAACGGUAGUACAUCUUCUUUAUGGCACAAUUGCAUUUUCGUCUCUGGUAUUUAUAGGAUGGAUUGAUAGCACACAGAUUAUCGCAAGAUUUAUGGCCUCGGCCAUUAUUUGCCGUGCGGUCCUAAUGUUCGAGCUCGCAGGGAUGAGAAAUGCGUUAUUUACAUAA